AUGCACUUCAAUUCACAUGAUGGAUUAUUGUACAGAACUGCCAUUCGUUUUAGCACAUUAUUCAAGGUGAACAAUGUUCGAUAUUAUAUUGUUGGUGGAUAUGCACUUAUUUUUCAUGAAAUGGUCAGAAAUACAAUGGAUAUUGAUAUUAUCGUGAAUGAAGAUGAUUUUCAAAAAGCCAUUCAAAUCUUAUAUGAAAUCGGCUAUACAAAAGUAAUUGGUGAUCGAUUAUGUAUUCGUUUAGAGCAUGAACAUUUCUUGUCGAUUGAUCUUUUUGUUUCAACAAUUUAUGGUCCUCACCCAUCUCCAACAAAUACGAUUGAAUAUGAACAGAAUAUUAUAUUUUGUACUGUUCCUGUUAAUGCAUUAAACAAUUCAAUUAAUAAAUAUCAUUGA